AUGGCCGCAAGAGUGGUGGCACCACCGGAACAGCAGCAUGAGCGAGGGGAAAUAAAUGAAGGUGAUUUGCCAGUAUCAAUGUUCUUGACACCUAUAGCAGCACCCAUGCGCUCCAGUAUUGUGUAUCCAGAUUUUGGGGUGAAUAACUUUCAGAUCAGGUCAGAUUGGAUUAACUUGAUGAGCAAGACUCUGCAAUUCUACGGGCUACCUCAUGAGAAUCCGAACACACAUAUCUCCAAAAUUCUCAGAAAUUAUGCUGCAUUAGAGUGGUUAGAUGCAGAGCCUCAUGCCAGUAUUACUACAUGGGAAGAACUAACCAGGAAAUUCUGCAACAAAUUCUUCCCACCAGCUAGAGUAGCUAAAAUGAGAUUGGAAAUUCAAACUUUUCAACAGAAAGAGGGAGAAAGCUAUCACGAGGCAUGGAAUAGAUUUAAUGAGCUGAUGAGAAAAUGUCCAAACCAUGGAAUCACUCAAGGAAACCAAGUGCAUUACUUCUAUACCGGACUUACACCAUUGUCAAAAUCUCAAGUUGAUGCCUCUGCUGGAGGAUCAAUCAUAGGGAAAUCAGUGCAACAAACCAUGGACCUAUUUGAGUUAAUUGCCACCACACAUUCAAUGUUCUCAUUAGAAAGAAUGGUACCACCAAAGGCACCAGGAAUGUAUGAAUUAGACAGCACAACAUCUACCAAUGCAGAGAUAGCAACUUUAACAAAACAGGUAGAGUUACUUGUAAAAUUGCAAACGCAUGGAGCAAAUGCAAUGAUGGCCAGUUCAGUAUGUGAGAAUUGUGGGAGAAAUCACACUACAGAGAGCUGUAUGAUGCUCACUUCUUCAGAGAAACAAGUAAACUUUAUUCAAAAUAGCUCCCAUAAUUUCAACUCAUACUGUAAUAAUUUCCAGCAAGAAAAAAGACCAAGUUUGGGGGAGAUGUUUCAAAAAUAUGUGCAGAAGACGGACAAGGUGUUCCAACAAAUUGACACGAACUUUCAAAAUCAGCAGGCAUCCAUCAAGAAACUGGAGACACAAAUUGGUUAG